UCCACAGCCUCUCUGGGCAGCUGUUCCAGCACCUCACCACCCUCAUAGCAAAGAACUUCCCCUGAGGAGCAGUUAGCAGUGCUCACUGAUGAUGGGCUCUCCCAUUCAUCCCUUGGCUGUGUUCUGUUGUGCCAAGUGUUGUCCUAUAGCACUUGGAAGAAGGUUGCUGAGCUGGUGGUGUUCCUGUCUGACAAAACACACAGUUUGGUUCCCACCAUCUUUACUUUUAAAACAAUUAAAGAAACAAAAGGAAUCACACAGCUCUAUUAUAAGACUUGCAAGUAGAGCACAAGAGAUCAUCACACACAAUUUCAAGCCUAACUCAUUAAGCACCAUAGCCCAGCUUGUUUUCAAAGAAAGAUAAAACCAAAAGCUAGAAAUCCUGUGUGGAAGAUACCCAAGCUGGUGUCUGUCAUUUCUUCAGUAUGCAUUUCCCUCAGUGGGUGUUCCCAUGGUCCUCCAACACAAUAUUCCUCCCUGCUGCAUGCAUCUGGAAUCCAAAAACAUUGAUUUGGAACUGAGAAAAAUUACAGUUGGAAAAAGCUUUGCAAUGCCUCAGAAUUUGGGUUUGUGGCGCCUGUGAGACCGUCACUAUUCACAUCACAAUUGCUUUGGGUAGAAGAGGCGUUCUUAAUUGAAAGAAACACAGUUGUGCUGCUGCAGCCCAUGGAAUGGAGCAGUGAGGCUGAAGCUCCCCCAGCUCAGCACACAAACGCCUCCGCUGUGCGUGUCUGGGGGUGUGGAAGGGCAAAGAGGUGAAAUGCCUUCAGGUCAUCACUGCUGUUUGGAUGGAUUAUUUAUCAUCAGGGUCACCCCACAGGAGAGCACACCUCCGCUUCACGUUUGGUGACACCUGUUUUCUGUGCCAGGGCAGAAUGGCUGGAAUGGAAUGCAAGCCUUAGGUAACGAGUUCCCUACAGGAACAGGGGGAAACCAGACAGCCCCAACUGCUCCCACCCCUGUCAGAGGCAGAGGAGAACUCAGAGGCUGCUAUUGACAUUCUGAGUAAUGUUUCAAAUUGCUUGAAGCUCGGUGAAUCACUUUGGAAUCUCUUCUACACGCAUGGGGAUGGAUGAGACAGACCUUGCAGGAAGAUGCAUAAGUGUCCUUCACUGCUCUGAGUGCACAUUUGCUUUCAGUAGCUGUGAUGAGCUCAGCACAGGGUCUGAUCUCACUGAAAGGCUCUUCCUGAUUGAUGUAUUUAGCCUGAUAGCAUCUGUAAACACCACAGAAAUAUUUGUGGCCUUGAGAUGCAGAAAUCACCCAACUGUCCUCAUUAGCAUCUCAAUUCUGCAAGGAAAAAGAAUAUCAUCAAAAGAUUUUGGAACAUGAUGCAUUAAUAACACUUAGGCAUAGCUGCCUUGGGCAUAAGGGCAUCAUCUCUAUCUUUUUCUUAGUUGCGUCAUGCACAGAAAUCAGCCUGGCCACAUUCUUGUGUUUAAAAUAAUCUCGUGUGCUGCACCCAAGCCUUGUGCAAAACACCAGCAGAAGGAGCAGCGUGCAGUGAUCCCACAGUGCAUGUAUUGAAAAUAAGGGAGAAAAAAAAAAAAAAGGGAGAGCACCUCAGAAAGCAGCACCUGGCUGCUUGCCCCGACAGCCACACUCCUCAGAGCUGAUUUCUGUUAAAUAAAGCAACUUCUCAUUUUGGAAGGAAGCUCUUUCCUGUUUCUUUCGGUGCGUUUGUGACACAAGAUGCCAGAUCCCAAAAACUGCAGAGAAAGUGGGGCUGCAGUGCAAACUGCUCCCAUCAACCCGCACUGCUGCCAGACACAACCCAACAGCACGGGGAGUUUUUAGGUGGAAGUUGUAGAGUCCUGUCAACCAAGCCACCCCCACGCACCCGUUCUAUUUCACACUGACAAAAGCUGAGAUGAAUGAGUUGCUGUCUGGCCCUUCCCACUUUGGACAGCCAUUGGCUGGCUUGGUUCUAAAAAGGAUUUAAAAAAGGGGAAUGAUUUGCCUGUGCUUGGGAACUGAGGCUGUCAGGGUGCUGAGGAGCCGACCUGUGAGCUGCCACCAUGCAGAUCUCCUGGGCUGUGUGCUCUGUCUGCGUCCUCAUCCAAAUCGCAUCCCGGGCAGCUGGAGGGUGGCAAGUGUUCAAAAAUGAUGCGACAGAAAUCAUCCCUGAGAUCACCGAAAAUACAGAGACCCCCAUGGAGCAGAUUUACAGCAACAACAACACGAUGAACCAGGCAAAGCACGGGGGAAGGCAUAUACAUCACACGUUAACACCCUUCUCCUUUGCAGAUGUCUCCGACUUCAGCUGCAGAGAGAUGCGCAUCACCCGCUACGUGACGGAGGGGCCGUGCCGCAGCCUGAAGCCCGUGAAGGAGCUGGUUUGCUCGGGGCAGUGCGUCCCAUCCCACCUCCUGCCCAACUCCAUCGGCAGAGGGAAGUGGUGGAGGCAGAACUCCCCGGAUUAUCGCUGCAUCCCAGCUCACACCCGCACGCAGCGCAUCCAGAUGGCGUGUCCUGAUGAUGAGACUCGGACUUACAAAUUCCGAGCUGUCACAGCCUGCAAGUGCAAGCGAUACACUCGAUACCACAACCAGUCCGAGCUGAAGGACUUUGGGAAGGAGCCCGCCAGGCAGCAGAAGAACAAGAAGUCACGUCUGUCCCGAGCCAGGAGCAGCAAACCGAACCAGCAUGAGCUGGAAAACGCCUAUUAGGAGGUCGUGCCAAGCGAUGCAGCCCAGCAGCUCUGGAUAUUUUAUACCAUACACAACGGCACGCACAGGCUGAGCACGAGGGUCUGACUGCAGGUGGUUCCAAUUCCUUCUGCUACGCUGGGUCUAAGGCUCACAUAGUCAAAAUCCAUCAGAUGAUAGCGGUUAUGGUCUGAUAAGAGAAUGAGAUAAACCGAGCUGGUGGGAGCAGCAGCUACAUUCAGUUUGAGAGGAGGGGACACCCUGGGGGUCAGCAUGAGGCCACCUGGUUUGUACAAGGAGAGGGAGGCGAGGCUGUUAGGGUACAGUCACAUCACACCUGGUUAGGAGUCGUUCUGCUGGCUGGACAUGGAAGGAAUGCCACAUCCCUUUCCCUUCUCUGAAUCCCAUGGUGCAGGACAAGUGAGGUGGGGCAAUGCAGUCCCAUUGGGUUGGGAAUGUUGGGGAUGGGGAGGCUGGGGCUGGGUCUCAGCUGGAGCCAGGCUGCCAGAAGGGAACGUCUUCUGCCAGGUGUCCUCAUGCCCCAGUGGUUUCCUUUGAGAAAGAAAACCAAAAUAUGACAUUUGUGCUCUCAUAAGUGUGACUGAUCUGUGUCACACUUCUAAUUAGAAUGCUGUAGAGUCAACAGGUUCAGAACUGAGAGCUGACAACCAAACCAUCCUAUUCCUUUAGGAGCAAGGGUUUGGGUUAGGACCAGUUAAGCGAGUUCUCCUAAGGGAAGCAGUUUUAUGAAAUGGAUGCUCCUCUCAAGAGAGAUAACCUCACUGAUGUUUGUCCUGUAAACAGCUGAUGAUGUGCACAAUUUAGCAUAAAAAAAUACUGAUUAAUCCUUAUUUCCUAGUACACAACUGACUUUAGUAUCAACCUAGAUAUCUCAAUGUACAUUUCCUAUUCCGUAGCCUUUGAAUUACUUGGCCAUACACCUUGUAGAGCUAAGAGUGUGCAAGCCAAGUUCUGGGAGAAGGGUUCUGCGUGAGAAAUGGGCCUCUGCUAAUCUGAAAGUCAUGAAUUCCUUUAGAAAAGUCUUUGUCAUGUGCAGCUCUGGUACAUCUUUAGUUUGACAGCAACUGUACUUCUCAACAUUCAGACUAAAGUUUGUGUUUUCCAUUAAAGAAUAUUACUGGGAAGUGAAUAGCCACACGCUGUACAUAUCCUGUAGAAGUGCUAGGCCUAGAAUCAGAUGAACACAACUUGGGAUAAAGACGGUUCCUCUCUGUUCUUAUUUUCUGUGUAGGGCUUAUGCAGAGAUCAUAUCAACCAUGGCAAUUUGCCAUGUUGAUUAUAGAUUUUGCAGUUAUUUUAUGUGGGACAAGAAUCUAGAGAGAAAAGCUAUUGUUUCAAAGAGUGAAUUAUGUAUUUAUUUUGUCUCAAAAAUUAUUUAUGCAACAUUUUCCCUUGUAGAGAAUGAGAAGUUAUACUGCUUGAAAAAUCUUAGUCUGUUAUUUUGAAUUUUAAAUA